AUGGUCCAGGUGCAGAGCAUGCUGGGUCUGAAACUUGUAACCAACGACCCCGGGCUCGACAAUGUCCCUCCCCUUGAGAUGUCAUCUGAACUGACGAGUGUGCUGUCGAAGAUUGACAAUGCAACUACCAAAGGUGCCGUAAGCGAAUCAAACAUCCGUUUCACACUGGAUAUUCUGUUAGUGUAUGCGCAUGAUAUUGCGAUGUCUGAAAACGCAGAUCUGGAAUGGAAUAAGAAAGACUAUCGGCUAGUUGGACAACCCGACUAUGCCGUCUGGUACGGUGAAAUUGAAGAGACGGCGCUGAAUGUAGUGGUAGCUGAGGCGAAAAAAAGACACAUGACCGGCACUUGCCUCAUACAAUGCCUAGGAUACAUGGGCGUUGUGCAUCGCACCCGAAAGGCAUCGGGAAAAGAGAACUGCACGGUAUAUGGGAUGGCGUCUGAUGAUCAGACGUUUAUUUUCCUGAAAAUCAAUGAAAAAUCCGAAAACUAG